GUGUAACCAUGUUUUUCCUCCGACGCGUAGCGUAGCGGAACCUUUCUUUUUGAUCCGGCUAACCAUCCAACAUGGCAGCGGAGGGAGACGUUGAUUUGGACCUGGAAGCCGAGGAGAACUGCACCGGGAAACCGGUGGAAAAGCCUCGGAAACAUGACAGCGGAGCCGCAGAUUUGGAGCGAGUCACGGACUACGCGGAGGAAAAAGAAAUCUCCAGUUCGGACCUGGAAACGGCGAUGUCGGUGAUCGGAGACAGAAGAUCCAGGGAACAGAAAGCCAAACAGGAGAGAGAAAAAGAGCUGGCUAAAGUCACCAUCAAGAAAGAGGAUGUAGAGUUGAUUAUGUCAGAGAUGGAGAUCUCGCGGUCGAUGGCGGAGCGCAGCCUGAGGGAACACAUGGGGAACGUGGUGGAAGCUCUGGUGACUCUGACCAACUGAACACAUUCUCACACUGGACUGUUUCUCCCCACCUUAAACCUCACCGGAUCAAUCCAACGGAGCUGAUCCAACCCAAAUCCUCCAGUUUUUUUAUUUUCAAAUAAAAAUUCACUAUUGUGUAAAAA